GUUCGUUUUUCGCACAGUGUGUCACUUCGAAUCGUAGCCGAUAUAUUUCCUUUUACGGUGUUGUACAAUCACAGUGAAAACAGCUGGUCCGAAUUUAGAACAUGGCACCAGUCGCAGGCGUGACGACCAACAACAUGUCGCUCGGCACCAUGCAUUGCAGCCGGUGCGAUGAGGGCUUCGAACCGCACGAACGCAUCGUCAACUCCAACGGCCAGUUGUGGCAUUCGCAGUGCUUUGUCUGCGCGCAAUGCUUCCGUCAGUUCCAGGAUGGUAUUUUCUACGAGUUUGAGGGCCGCAAGUACUGCGAGAAGGACUUUCACAUCCUGUUCGCGCCGUGCUGCAACAAGUGCAAUGAUUUCGUGAUCGGACGCGUCAUCAAGGCGAUGGCAGCCAACUGGCAUCCGCAGUGUUUCACGUGCGAACGGUGCGCCAUCCCGUUGGCCGAUUCCGGCUUCAUUCGCAACCAGAACCGGGCCCUCUGUCACGACUGCAACCGCAAAGAGAAGGAGGUCGGACUUGGGAAGCACAUUUGCAACAAGUGCCAUGGCGUCAUCGACGAUGCUCCGUUGCGGUUCCGGGGUGAGGUCUAUCACGGGUAUCACUUCAACUGUACGGCUUGUGGAGCGGAACUGGAUUCGUCGGCUCGUGAGGUGAAGAACCGUAGCGGUUAUGCGGCCAAUGAUAUGAACGAGCUGUACUGUUUGCGGUGCCACGAUCGCAUGGGCAUCCCGAUUUGUGGAGCUUGCCGUCGGCCGAUUGAGGAGCGUGUCGUGACCGCGCUUGGCAAGCAUUGGCACGUUGAGCACUUCGUGUGUGCCAAGUGCGAGAAGCCGUUCCUUGGUCACCGACACUACGAGAAGCGUGGCAUGGCCUACUGCGAGACGCACUACCAUCAGCUGUUCGGUAAUCUGUGCUUCGUCUGCAAUCAAGUCAUCGCUGGUGACGUUUUCACCGCAUUGAACAAGGCCUGGUGCGUGCACCACUUCUCCUGCUCGAUCUGCGACCAGAAGCUCGACCAGAAGUCCAAGUUCUUCGAGUACGACGAGAAGCCGGUGUGCAAGAAGUGCUACGAACGGUUCCCGAGUGAGCUCCGCCGACGGCUGCGCAUUUCGCACGAAAACACCCUCAAGAAACCGGUGCCUUAGAGGAUCCUGCCCGAUGGUCAUCCGUGUCCUUGGCGUCGAAAUUAAACCAAACAGAACGAAACGCAUAACUAAUGGCUCAUAUGUUAAUAACACGCCACGCAACGGUGUUCAGCGUCCUAACGCUUGCGUACUAACCUCUGGUUGUCCCCUUUUUUUUAACCAAGCAGUGCCUUACUACCGGGGAGGGACGAAGUUCCGGAGGCUUCCCGCGGGAAUGCUGCCUUUUUUUUAACGCACAAUAUUACUUCGAAUGUUAGCUUAGCUUAGUUAGGUACAGCGUUUGUACGAAAUAAUUUUCAGUAGAUUCAUCGUGCCAGAAUAGACUAGCGAACGUACGUUACUGCCUACUGAAAUAGGCCGCUCUCUUAUCGUUAUUGUAUUCGUUUUUCGGUGUCGUUUUUUCUGGUGCUCCAUUUCCACGGCCACCUCAACCCGUGGAGGUCCUGCCGACACGCGCGGAAAAGUCCGUGGAUUAGUAUUUACCACUGUGGUUUAACAAAUCGUAAACAAUCACUUUAACACGGGUAACUUACAAGCGUCGUCACGUGUGGGUGGGUUUGCGUCUUGCACAAUUAAUGUACCACCCGCCGUACACGCUCAUGUGUGUCGUAUUUAGUUGUGCACGGUACGCGCGCAAGUGAACGUGUACACAAUUGAUUAAUAAAAUAAUGGCGUUUUUUUUCGUUUGUAUUAA